UGCCCCGUGCGCACUGCGCGUCCCGGCCUGUCAGUGGCAGUCAGAUGGAAACGUAGGCAAUAAAUUUGGUGAGGUCAUGUAUUUUUAAGCCGCGCAGCCGAAUAAAUGAUCAUUCAGCGGCGGCAUAAACAAAUAGCCCGCAGCCCCGGAACGUUUCACCGCUGAACGAGCAGCCGGGGGAUCGAUAGUUUGAUGAUUUGAUGACAGAGAGGACAUUUUUGGAUGCACAGAAGGCAGUAAUCAAAGAUUUCACCAUGAAUAAAAACAAGAGAGAAAAGGAGUUCUACAGCGUCGAUGUGGGGGACUCAACAUUCACCGUGCUGAAGCGAUACCAGAAUUUAAGACCCAUUGGAUCAGGAGCACAGGGUAUCGUCUGCUCUGCUUACGACCAAAUCCUUGAAAGAAAUGUUGCCAUCAAGAAGCUGAGCCGGCCGUUUCAAAAUCAGACCCAUGCCAAGAGGGCGUACAGAGAGCUAGUCCUAAUGAAAUGUGUCAAUCACAAAAAUAUCAUUGGACUGUUAAAUGUAUUUACACCACAAAAAUCAUUUGAAGAAUUCCAAGAUGUAUACUUGGUGAUGGAGCUGAUGGAUGCCAACCUGUGCCAGGUCAUACAGAUGGAGCUAGACCACGAGAGGCUCUCCUAUCUGCUCUAUCAGAUGUUGUGUGGUAUAAAACACCUCCAUGCUGCGGGCAUCAUUCACAGGGACCUCAAGCCCAGUAAUAUUGUCGUCAAGUCAGAUUGCACACUAAAGAUUUUAGACUUCGGCUUGGCUCGGACAGCUGCGACGGGCCUCCUGAUGACACCGUAUGUAGUUACACGGUACUACAGAGCACCAGAGGUUAUCCUGGGCAUGGGCUACCAAGCCAAUGUGGAUGUAUGGUCAGUGGGAUGCAUUGUGGCUGAGAUGAUCAGGGGAAGUGUGUUGUUCCCUGGCACUGAUCACAUCGACCAGUGGAACAAGGUAAUUGAGCAGCUAGGCACUCCAUCUCAGGACUUUCUAAUGAAGCUGAACCAUUCAGUAAGAACGUACGUAGAAAACAGGCCCCGCUAUGCUGGAUACAGCUUUGAGAAACUCUUCCCAGAUGUUCUCUUCCCUGCCGACUCUGAUCACAACAAACUGAAAGCAAGCCAAGCUAGAGAUCUCUUAUCCAAGAUGUUAGUAAUUGACGCCUCCAAGCGUAUUUCGGUAGACGAGGCCCUGCGGCACCCCUAUAUUAACGUUUGGUAUGAUCCAGCUGAAGUGGAAGCGCCCCCACCAAAAAUCCCGGACAAACAGCUGGAUGAAAGGGAGCACACCGUGGAAGAGUGGAAAGAGCUGAUUUAUAAGGAAGUGAGUGAAUGGGAGGAAUGGAAAAGGAACGGAGUUAUAAGAGGCCAGCCGUCUCCUUUAGGUGCAGCAGUGAUUGACAGCCCUCCUCAGCCCACAUCUUCCUCUUCCUCUUCGGCCAAUGACAUCUCGUCCAUGUCCACAGAGCCCACUGACCCAAGCAGUGACCCCACCAUGACCUCGGAAACAGACAGCAGCUUAGACGGUCACACCUCUUUGGGUGCGCUGGCCUGCUGCAGAUAACGUUUGACACGCAGUGCACAUACACGCGAACAACGCGGAAAUGUCCUUUCUCAUUAGCGUGUGUGAUGGGAAAGGGUUUAGGCCAAUGAAACUUGUCAUGUUAGUUUGUAGAGCCAUGCUUUUUAAUGUACAGAUUGUCCCCCCCCCCAAUAUAAAGCUGUAAAUGACUGUGGUUUGCAAUUGUAUCAUUAUUACUGUAUUUUUGCUGCAGAGAGUUUUGAUGUGAAACUGUGAUGUAUGUUAUGAAAGAGACGGAUCUGAUUUUUUUUCUUGUUUUAGCUAGUACUACAAAUUCAGAUGCCAUACCAUUAGCACUAAAAUUAUGUUGAGUAUAUUUUUGUAUAGUUUUUUCUUUUUGGGUGGGGGGUGGGUUGGGAGGGGCAUUUGAAUGAACACUAAUUCUGUCUAACAGUAAACUAUAGCACACUUGAUCUUGGAUCUUAAUGCAAACCGAUGAUUUUAUUUUGAUAUUGUUCCUCAUCUUGUAGAAAGUGCCCCUUGCUGCAUCCAAGUUAGCAUAUUUAUAGCAAACAGUCUAACGGUCAAUGCCCUGACACUGUUUCCUUUUUUUUUUUUAUUACUAUAGCGUACUGUAAACUGAUUGUAUUCUGACUAGUUCUUUCACUUAGAUGUAAUUUGUAGUUGACGGUCUGUUGGAUGAGCAAGAGCUGGAUGAAAAGAGAGCGAGUAGAAAUGUAGAAUGAGUCGAUGAUUACUGGGAGCGCUGUAACAACCCUACUGGCUAGAUUGAGUGCUGUUUUGGGGACAUCACCAGACACCAAGUCUAAAUUAGUCACUUUAUCCUACUGUCUGAUAUUAUCUACAGCUGUCUGAUAUUUAAGUUAUUUAAUUUAAGUGCCCUUACUCAAUUCCAUGAUUUUUAGUUCUCUUCCAUCGCAGAUGCUUCUCUCUUCUGUGGUGCAUCUUUCUGAGUUCUACCUCACACAUGCACUCAUUCAAACAUGUUUGUGAAGAAACAGUAUCUUGGCACACAUCAUUUUGAAAGAAAUGCAAAAAAGUAUAUAUUUUUUUCUGUAUUGUUUUCUGUAUUUAUUUAUUUAUUUGUUUAUUUCAAGCUAGGAUGCAUUGUAUGUAAUGUACAUUUAAUCCAGAAGCACUAUUUAUAUGCAUUUUGUUUUCUGUGCAGUAUAGUUCAUGGAUUAGUAAAGUUAGUGACAGAUCUGUACAUUUUACUGUAGAUUGCACUGUAUUUAUGCUUUCAGAGAGUCGGGAAACAGACAUUUGCUUUUGCCAGGAUAACUUUUUGUAAGGCUCAAAUUCCCAAAAUGUCCUUUUUGCCUGUUUUUUUUUUCAUGGUAGGGCACUCCAGGCAGUAACCCCUAGCAUCAGCUCCCAAAAUGCACUUUGGGGAAUGUGACACUGUCCUGACCCUUUCUUGGCCACAAUUCAAUUUUUUUUAUUUAUUUUUUUGCUCCUCCUUCAUUGUCCUUAGAAAUAAAACCAAUAGAAGAGACUAAGCAGGAUUUUGCCUCUGAGUAAAUCUGAUAUUAGUGCAGGUACAUGUGGGGAAAAAAGAGCCAUUCAGCAUUACUGGUACAAUGCAUUCUGAUUGGCCAAACACUGUCAGCCACGAGUUAACCUUUUAUGGUAUCUUUUGGGAAGGUCACUUGCCUCACUAACAGACCAAAUAUAUACAUCAGAAAAUGGAAACUGUCAACCUUCAACUCCUGCAAAUAAAAGAGUUGAAUUUUAA